AUGACUACCGGUCAGUGUCUCAGAUGGUCAUCCAAUAUGAUUACUAGUAAUGUACAAAAUGGACGGAUAGCCAAACCGGGAGAGUGGCCGUGGAUUGUAUUGAUUUCGGGACAAAAAUAUUAUUGGGGUUUUAUACCAACAGAUAAUUUUAAAUUCACAAUAACUGUACGGACAGUUCAAAAUCGUAGACAUACAUCAGCCGAUCAUACAUACAGUGUACAGAAGCGUAUCGUUCACUACAAAUACAAAACAAUUCAUGGAUUAGACAAACGAUAUGACAUUGCAUUAUUGAAAUUAGGUUCACAGAUACCGAUACCAAGUAGUAGUAGUAGUAGUAGUGGUCAGUAUCCGCUAAUAAACGGCAUUUGUUUACCAGAUAAAGACAUUUUAAAUACCGAUGAAGAGUUGGCAUUGGUUGCCGGUUUCGGUUGGAUUGAUGACCGAAUCGGCAAUUAUGGACCACUGAUGAUGGGCUGGAUUAUGGUUGACAAACGUGAUGCUAAUAAUGAUGACGACAAUCAAUGGGAUAAUUGGUUUACAGCGCACAGAUAUCCCAACACUAAUGGUUCGGCUAUAUGUAAGGGUGAUUCGGGUGGACCAGUGGUCCAGUAUGUCGGCAAUAGGGCCGUACUAAUUGGUUUAAAUAGGGCCAGUACUCUGAAUAUUGAGUGUAUGUCCUAUAAAUCAGUAGCUAUAAUGCAUUUAAUGAGAGUAUCCAAAUUUGUCGAUUGGAUUGUCGAUACUAUUAGAUAUAGUUAA